CCAGAGGUGGAGGCGAGAAAGUCUGCGUCUUUACAGCCUGCAUGACUGCAUCCUCUCAACUGCACACGUGCUGCGUCAGGACGACCGAGGCGAGACGGCCAAGCGGGCACGAGAAGCGCAGGAAUGACGGCUUCAGAAGACGCCUUGGCUGGAGAUGCCUUGGCUUUCAUACGACCGUCGUACUUACACCUUUCGAGCAUUCUCCAGCUUCUUCCGCGGCUUGCCGCUCUCAGCCAAGCUGCCACUCGUCCGGCUGAACGUCCGCGAAGACGCAGAGCUCGGGCCGCCGUGCGGCAUUCUUUCGCGGUCUACUUCUGGCCACCACGUCCUUCGCUCGACACGCUCUCUCAUUUCCUGCUGCAGCGGCACACCGCUGCCGAGAAGAUUCCUGCUGAGCCCUUGUCCGCCGUCGGCAUGACGCACACAUCCUUCGGCCUGCUCGCGCGCGUCGGGGCUCGGCGAGCGCUCGGAAACGUGCCGCCUGCUGCUGGACGCGACACGCCGCGACCUCGUCAAUCUGCAA